AUGUCCUUAGAAGAACCAACGGCUGAGAGAUCUCAAGAGUUGAUCUCAAACUAUGAAAAAGCACUUCAGCAAGUUAAUGAAUAUGCAGCUAAAAGGCCUUCAAAUCUUUCACACAAAGUUGAACUAGUGGCCGUUUCCAAACUGAAACCAGCUAGUGAUAUCAAAGCACUAUAUGAUCACGGUGUUCGCCAUUUUGGUGAAAACUAUGUUCAAGAACUAAUAGGGAAAGCAAAAGUGUUACCAAAAGAUAUCAAAUGGCACUUCAUUGGUGGGUUACAAACUAAUAAAUGUAAAGAUUUAUCAACAAAUAUACCAAACUUAUACUCUGUGGAGACUAUAGAUACAUUGAAAAAAGCCAAAAAAUUAAAUGAUACAAGAGAAGGAUCUGAAAUUAUCAAUGUCUUUUUACAAAUUAAUGCAUCUGGUGAAGAACAAAAAUCAGGAUUAUCAGUUAGUGAUAAAGAAACUUUGAAAGAAGUGGUUCAAUAUCUAUUAAAAGAUGCAAAAAAUUUGAAUUUGCAAGGUUUAAUGACAAUAGGUUCUUAUGAACAAUCAAUUUCCGAAGGUGAAAACCAAGACUUUAAAACUAUGGCCACAUUGAAGGAUGAACUAGAUCAAGAAUUUAGUAUCAAUUUACAAUUAUCUAUGGGUAUGAGUUCUGAUUUCAAGCAAGCUAUUAACCAAGGCUCUUCAUUUGUCAGAAUAGGUACUGAUAUCUUUGGCCAAAGACCUUUGAAAAAUUAA